AAAAUAUCCAAUCCAUCCAUCAACACACCCAGUCUUCAAUUGCAAAUCAGAGCAGAGCCUCAGUCUCACUUCCGCUCCUGCUCCCAGGUUUGUUCGGAAAAAACUUUGAAGGCUCUUAUAGUGAAGAGAGCUGCAACACAGAACUUCAAUUUGAUCCAACAUGGAGUGCAAGCAAGAUAAAGUUCUGCAUGAUAUGGAUGAAAACCAGAAAAUGAAUGAAGAAGGUGUAACACAUCAAAUUCCUGAUUUGAACCCGUUCUCAAGUUCUCCAGAUCCUAAAGUGCAAGCUAAUACAGUUGAUUGGGGAGGUGGAAAAGAUAUUGUACCUUCUGACGAUAUAGAUGCGUCUGGUGAAGUAAACAUGGAGGCAUCAAUAACAUCUGAUGAUGUUAUACGGGCUGGAGGCUUUGGUGCUAGAGAUGAUAUAAGUAGUUUUCUUCCUGUCGCAAGUGAUUCUACUGAUUUUGAAGCUACGAUACGUGAUGCUCGAGACUAUGAAGAACCACAGGGAGAUAUCUGUAGACCAGGUCUAGGCUGGACAAAAAGCUAGAUGAACAAGAUAAUCAUGUUGUUGCUGGUUGCUACCAGCCUAUCAUACAUGUAAGUUUUGUUGUACAUUAUAUGUUACUACUUUUUUGUUCUUCAAGUUUUAUGGA